AUGGAAGAGAAGUAUCGUAAACUCUUGCAAGCCACCCUGGAAGUGGAGGCAUUCUUUGAAGACUUCGACGACUACUUCCAGGUCAGCGACUUCGACAUAUGGAAAGAACACGACAGCAACGAGCCAGAGCAUGGAAGCGUCACUGUUUUCGAUUUCUCCAAUGGAGACAAAGCUCAAAUCACUGAAUUGAACUCCUCAACUGAACUGCGGCACUACUUUUCCCAAGCAUCUCCUGCGCUCUCAUCCUCCAAUUCCACGACCCAGCCCCCGAAGCCCACAAGGCGGCUAUUCCUUCUCGAGGGCCUCGAUCCAAGGCUGGUAGACGUACUCGGAUCACAACUCGGCGUCCCACCCAUGGUCUUCAUCUCGCAAGCCGCCAGCCCCGGGACCAUCGACCUGACCGACGCCGACGGCUUCCUCCACGACCCAUCCCAGUACUGGAACGUCCAAGUCCAGCAGCUGCACAAGCUCUCCGACGGCUUCUACACGCAUCGCGGCAGAUUCUGGAACGAACAUGCCACCCCGAAGCGCCUCGCCGGCACUUUCGUCAAGCGCGCAUACUCGUGGUCCUUCACCCAGCACCUCGUCUCCUUCUGGAGCACCAAGCACAGCAACAAUUCCUGGGACGCCGUCCUCCUCGUCGACCCCGCCUGGCACGCCACCGUCUUUGAAAGCACCGACCGCGAAACUCGCAAACACCUGCCCGCCGACCCCGCCUUCGCCAUCCACCACGACGAGAAAGCCCUGCCCCGCGCCCCCAGCGCCUCCAUGCACGCCCUCCCGCUGUCCGCCGACCAGUGGUCGCACCCGCCGCCGCAAAAACCGUCGCUCAUGUCCAUGCGCGCCCGCCUCGUCGACCUGUACACGCGCUUCCCGCACGGCGCGACGGCGGACCCGGCGUCGGCGGCGGCGUUCUGCAAGGGUUUCGUGUUCUCGCUGUGGGAGAUGACGAUCCGGUGUCUGCAGUGGCGCUACAUCGCGCUGUGGGACGAGGAGGUGUUUCGCUCGUACCACCACCACGACGUGCAGUGGCGUCGUGCGGACUUCCAGAAGAUGGCGGAUCAGCAGUUGGUUACGCGGCGGGUGAAGAGGGAUUUUUUUGACGUCUGUCGGAAGCUGGGGGUUGUGGGUGAUGGGGGGAAUGGGAGGGGUGGUGGCGUUGGGGUGGCGGGGGUGGGUGGUGGUGGUGGGCGGGGCUGUAAGGAGCGGAGUUGGGGGUGGUUGCUGGAGCGGAUCACGGUGCUGGAUGAGCAGAUUGGGGAUAUGAUUGUAGUUUAUGGUCAGCGCUCGUCUGUGGAGGAGAGCUUGACGGCUAACAGUCAGGCACGGAGUGUUGGCCGCUUGACUGCGCUGGCUGCCGUGCUGGUCCCGUUCUCGAUCGCUGCGGGGAUCUGCUCUAUGAGUGACGAGUAUGCCGCGGGAAAGAGCAGGUUCUGGGUCUUCUGGGCAAUCGCCGUCCCUCUCGCGUCUCUGUUGCUGAUUUGGGUGUUCUUGGUGAAGAGGUCUCCAACACAGCAAUUCAAAAGCACUCUUUACGCUUUUCGAAGAUGGGGUUCUUGCGUCUUCAUCAAGGCCAAUAGGCUAAGAAGCGAAAACCGGGAAGCAAUGGAGUUACCGGUGUGGAGCGAUGGAGAACAUUAA